GCAAGAUGUCUCCAAACACCGUCGUAUCGAUCCCAAUGCAGAGGUCGAUGAUGACGAUGAAGAAAACGAAGUUCGUAGCAUGAUUGUCGAUGAUGUUCCGCAAGCCACGUACGCCGCUCGCAAGCGUGCAGCGGAGCUUCACCGCAAAGAGGUCCACAAACGGCGCGAGCAGCGUUGGCAGGAAAACAAGCAAUUCCAACAGAGGUAUGCUAGUGCGGAAGAAAGUCAAAGGAGUCCUGCUUUAGCCGAUGCCUCAAUGAUUGACUUGACCGACGAGAGCCAACCCUCGGGUUCUCAGGAUACGAAGCGCAAAGGUGUCCCAGAUGACGGGCCGGAUAUGCCUCCGACCCCGACUACAGACUAUCCGAGAACCUAUGCUCCUGGCCGAAAGGGCAAGCGGACUCGUACUGUUUCCCCCCAAAGCAUCAGACAGCAGUGGGAUGAAAAGAGGGCAGGCUUCCAAAGCCGUAAGCGUACAAAAGUGCGGGGUAUCAACGAAGAUCAUCACCACGCUCAUCACUAUGGUCUCUGGGAAGAAUUGCGAGAGCAAUAUGGCACAAAACAACAGCGUCGGCCUGGGCGCACGCGGGCUACAACGGAGGAUCCGUGGUCGGCGGGCCAAUCCCAAGAUGGCCAAAACACUCAAUCGUCCAGCGACACGCAGGUGGAAGACCCAGAACGAGAAGCGCACAUCUCAGAAUCUAUACGCAAAAUGAGCGAACUCAAUGAAGACCGACCUCUUUGGGAAGAGGAAAGGCAAAAACGGGAGACUCGGGAGCGAGCUGAGGAACUGACCAGGAGAGCCAAGGCAGAAGAACGCAAGAAGGCGGAAGUGCAGCGCGAGCGAGAGGUCCAGCUAGAUCAGGAGGCCGAAGAAAGGCGCAGAGCAGAAGAAGAAGACAAAAAGAAGGCGGAGAAGUCGGAGCAGCAACGUGCAGCCCGCAAGCAGAGGCGGGAACGCUGGAACUCGGGUGUCUGGACAAUACAGCGCGCUCUGGAGCGGUACAAGAUCAUGGGCGAGGAGUUCGACAGUGAAACAUUCGGGCCGGACUCACCAGUGACAUUCUAUGAUAUACCCUGGCCCGUUCUCUACGCCCCAAACAGGUUCACCGUGGAGGAUAUCGACUGGAGCGCUAUAGAGAAGUUCUUUGAGUCUGUGCGUGGCCAUAUGCGCCCCCAGGACUUCAAAGAGUUUGUGGAGAGGAGCCACAGGCGGUUCCAUCCGGACCGUUGGUCAGCACGCAAGCUCUGGUCGGCUGUGAUGGACGAGGAAGAGAGCAAUUAUAUCGAGGUUGCGGGGAAGGCAGCCUCACAGGCAAUCACCCCGUUGUGGAGGGACCUCAAGCGCAGAUAACUGGUUAUUGAUCUAUUGUUAUCGUUGUAUUGUUACUAGCUAAUGUUUGUCAAUC